AUGGCAUCUGCCAUGGUCAGCUUGGGAAGCGCAGAGCUUCUGUCUUUCACAUCAGGCACGACGCUGAAGCUGCACAGCCAUGCUUGUUUUGCUUCGUCUGAAGAAGACGCCGAAAUUGCUCUACGAUCACUGACCAACGCAGCACUGAAAUCGAUACCACAGAACAAGACAUGGAUCACCAAAGGCAAUGAGUAUGCUUUGAUCAUCAAACUGACCUUCGAGGACGGCAUCGACCGGGCUUUACAGGCCGAGUGCGCAAGAGCUGCGGCAGCAUCACUGCAGAACACACGCGUAUGGUCUCUAUCACUACUCCCAAUGUCCUCAUCGACUGAUUUGAAGCAGCUCUGGCAAGAAUCGUCACUACGGGUAUCAGCCAUACGUCAAAGCUACGAGGUUAGCGGCAGUAGCCUAAUUGAACUGCACUUCGACUAUUCGGCUGAAGAUGCGGACAACGCGCGCUCACGAGUGCAUAAGCUGGUCGAUGGAGUUCCGCUGCACGAUGUUUCGAGCCCUCCUGGAAUCACAGCUGUUGAGUGCGAAUCCGUGUGCCUGAAAAUGCAGAUCACGUCACUACCAAGCGAGCGCGGCAAGUUAGACCAGGAUGAAAACGACCUCCAACUUGUGCUUGGCAUUGCUGCCCAUACUGACCCAGAGCUUUCUGAUGCCAACCGAGAUGAUGAGGAUAUGCUCGAUAGUCUCGCAGCCAGCCACACUGCAUCAGGAGCCGAACAGCAGCCCGGGAUCGAAGCAAGCGCGCCACGACGAUCGAAGACUGAUCCGGCGCAGCAAGCUUCUAAAGCCCACGAUGGGCAGUCCUAUGGUCUCAAGAGAACGUACAGCGCCAACGAUUCUCACCAGCGAGCAAGUCGACUCGUACAGCUCAGCGAUUUCCUUGACCUCUUCGAAGCUGCUUUCGGAAUAGCCGUUUCGCCUCGACCCAAACGGCGCUCCCAGAACGUUGCAGUCAUCGGCAUGGAAUCCCUACAGCAUCUUUCGCAAUGCAUCCCCUCGCUGUGGUCUUCCGGCCAUCUCGCAGAGCUUUCCAAUCGCGCCGUGUUGCUACCUACCAUCAGCCGUGCUCUCAGCAAUGUGGGCUCGGUGAAUCCACAGAGCAGGCAACUACGGUCCAAAUUCGGGGAAAUACUUCGCAGAAGCCCUCUCGAACCGCACUUGCAUGAUAGACAUCAGCGACCGAUGCAGCUGAAAAUCAAUCAAAACUGCCUCUCCGUUCAGAUCUGGUCGCUCGCGCAGCAUUUUCUCAGCAACCAGGACUCUGUUCCCAGGUUCUGCGAUGUCUUCGCUCGACCAAACGCGGAGAGGUCAAUGGAGCCUGAACCAACUUCCGACGAUGAAUUGGAUGGGCACGGAUCGGACACAUACGAUUUUGUGCAAGAGUACGAGCCACGCCAGCCAGAACGCGACGCCGUGCAUGCGGACCUCCCCAUAGGCAUGGAACCGCCACGAUGUGGCGUUGCAAAUGUACAAAGCGACAUAUGUAUGACAGCAGAGGACGACAUGCUAUCGCUUUGUGGAAGCCAUAGUUCGGCAAUGGACCUGGAGCUUGAGAUGGGUCUGGAUUUACAGACUUCGGACUUAAUGUACACCAAAGUGGAUGUGGACGCAUACCCAGAUCGGCCUACGGACAACUCGCGACUUCUGGAGGAAGACCUCGAAGAGAUACUCCCUGUAUGA